AUGCCUGCUGGCCAUGAGGACAUUGGACUUCCGCAGGAUGAUGAGGCCUUUAUGAGAUACCGGGAAAGAAGAAUCCAGGAGCUGUGUGGAAAGGUGGAGGAAGUCGUGUCUGAAAAGGAGCUGAUUGAGAAGACCAAGUCCUUGAGGAUGAUAGUCCACUUCUACAAGCCAGAGUUCAAGCGCUGUAAAACAAUGGACAAGGGGCUGGAGGAGGUAAAAGACUGCUUUCCAGGCAUUAGGUUCUACCGAGUAAAUGCUGAGAUAUGCCCUGUUGUAGCAAGGAAGCUGGAGAUAAGAGUGCUGCCCUUUCUGGGCUUCUUCAAGGACGGAUAUUUUGUGGAUCAGGUCGUUGGAUUUGAAAAGCUUGGAGGCGACAGUGUGGAGCCGGAGGUCCUGAAGAAACGAAUCUUAGACAGCAACAUCUUCAAGCCUAUAUCCAGCAUAUAA